CACUCCUUUCUUCUAUAUCUAGUAUAAAUAAUUCUAACCACCCCUUUAUUCUAUAAAAACUCAGUGUCAAUGGAAACUUCCCCUUUUCAUAACCAUACUAAUAAAUUAUGCUAAUGCCAGGCUCCAGGUCUACAAAUAGCAAUAUUUCCACAUGCCUUUUUGGCGUGGUCCAGUAGCCCAGUUGUCCAAUGCCAUUGUUCAUGUGCUAAUGGGGUGUAUACCUUGCUUGACGCCGUCUGGUAUUUAUGUGUAUUUCAUAUCAACCUGCACUAUGUUCAGCCUGACUUCUGAUCCACUCCUGGAAUGUGGUUCCUCCGGUUCCCCAGCAUUUCUGCCUGGUACCAAGGGAACGGAGUAUCCAUGUGUCAGUGCAGGAGAUAUGGCAGGAAUGCUUGAGCACGCCUUGUAUGGGAUGAUAUCACAAUGGGCAGGCAUUGUGGGUGUGGACAGGUGAGAGGGGGCAGGAACAACACAGGUAGUUAGUAAGGAGAAAGCUCAGCAGAGAGACUGAGAAACAAUAGAUGGAAAGAGAACUGUCCGACAGUGAGUUGACAGAGUGCUUUGACGAAGGUUGUGUAUUGCCCAGCAGCACUGCUGUCUAUCGGCAGAUCAUGGACAGUUCAGAUACUUGCUGCGAAGGGGAGACCCCCAAUUAUGACCGCGAGGUGGAGCAUUAUGUGAGGAACAGAAGAUCCAGCAAGAAAAGGGAAGAAUUUAUGAAAUCGGAAUCCGAGGAUUCUGGAGUUGAACUUCCACCACCUUCACCACUCGGAUCAGAAAGCAGUUACAGUGCAGAAGAGCCCGAGAGCUUGGAGAACCCCCUGGAGCCAGAUAGUUUAAAGAGCUUCACACAUGGGAAUGUAGAUGACCUUCCAGAUUUCACUCCAGAUCAGACUGAUCUCCCCCAAGCCUCUGCCUCAGAGAAACCAGAGACUUUUAGGGUGCUCACCCAUGGAGGGAUAGCAGAACUAGAUGUGGAUGAGCAGCAGGAAACAGAUACAUUUGACAUUCCCUGUAGGCUGGAACAAGCAGUCUUGAGAAGCAGGACACGGAGGGUCAGGCACAAAGAUCUGCACCAGAACAGAGCUGGGUUACAUAGCCGUCAUUACCAUGGGUCAUUAAAGCAUACCCUCCAUAAUCAUGCAAGGAGCCCACCCCAGCCAGUGCAGGUGAAGGAGAAAGAAGAUCCUUUGUCUCUCCCUGGUGAGGGUCUCAGGUACCUAGAAAGUCUGUGCAACGUGAUGGAACAGAUAGCUGAGCUCCAACAGAGGAAUCAAGCGCUACAACAUGAGAAGAGAGAAGGAGAAUACAGACUACGUCACAGAGUGCCAAUAGAUUCCUGUACAUGUGGAAGCACCAAGUUUCAAAUGGGUCCAGCUCAAGAUUCGACAGAUGGUGCAUUACCUAAAGAAAGACCUUGGGAGACCAAACAUUACCGGAAAAGAUCGUGCUCCCAUUCAGGAGUAUUACGGGGUCUAGAGAGGAAUCCAGGUCGCCAUCUUGCAUCAGUGGAUAAAAGAGAUCCUCGUUUUGUUAGUGUCCCGAACCUGCAGAAAGAAGAGAGACAUAAUAGCAGCUUGAACCUUAAGGGAGAAGUCUCACAGUGGCAUCGGCUCAAAGACAUGGUCUCCAAACUGGCACAUAAAGCUACAGGGUCUGCUGGGAAGCAAGGCACCUACAGAUCUCAAGUACAUCUUGAGGGUACCUCUCAGCACCCUCAAAGACGAAUCUUUCCCGGACUGGUCAUCAGGCCCCACAAUCAAAAGCGGCCAUUCCACUGAGCUGACUUUCGUGGAGAAUAAACUCUCUGCCCAAAACCAUCCGGCACUUGCACUUCAGAGAGCACUAGAAUGUUCUCAGAGGAACCAGGAACAGCCUGUGGAAUCCAGAAGUAUCAACAUGUGGUGCUCUGAGAAACCUGGACAGACCUGAAAUACUGAGACAGGAACCAGGGCACAGGUCUGUGCAAUAAAUGGAUGACUCAGUGGAGCACUCGUAGGGUUUUGGGAAACCAGGACCGGCCCAUGGUGCUCAAGGAGGAACCAGGAUAUGACAAGAUGCAAAAAAAGGAAAUAGGUUGGUAUCUGUGCACCCUGGGGAAUGGGGAAAGUAUGUUGAUUCUCCCCCAUUACCUGGAACACCAACAUUUCAGUGGAUCCAUGAUAAGAAAGUGAUGUCCUGUCUGUGGAUUAUGGAUAUGACGUGUGAGGGACGUGGAUAGCAAAGUGAUUGUGUAAUUCAGCUACAGACAUUACUGCCAUAGGAAGAAGGAUACUGCUAAGAACAAGAGUCAAAUGCAGAUGUUUUGGCAGUAAUUUUGGUUAAUGCUACUGCACAUAUAAGUCACUCUCACUCCGUUACCGGCUCCCGACAUCAAGAGUCAACUUUGCAGACCAAUAAACUGCAAGGAAGUGAUUUAUACUAAACCAUUAAAAAGUGUUAUUGUUUGUAUGGAACUGCAAUCUUGCUAAAUGAUGUACAAUGCAGUCAGUAUUGAAUAUUUUGUUACAUAUGUUUUUGCUGAAAUAUAUUAUGUAUUGGAUUAAAUUAUAAUAAAUACUAUUGGUAUUA